UGUAUCGAGACACGGUAGCACGUGUCGCACAGUUAUUGCCUCGAAAAGUAACCAAGCAAAUUAUAACUGAAAGCGAACGCGCGCGAAAUUCGCCGAGACUCUGAAAAACGUUCUAACUUGUAACGAUGGGGGGUUGGCUCAGUUAUUUGUGGUGGGGAGGCGACCCCGACCUACGGAACCCUCUGUCGGGGUUGACAAGACGCGAGGUGUACGCCGUACAGAAAUCAUGGGCCCCCGUGUACGCAGACGCUGCCAACACCGGCACUGAAUUAUUAAAAAGAUUCUUCCGAGCGUACCCCGACGCGAAGGACUUCUUCAAAAUGCUAAAGAAUGUACCCGAAGAGGAAUUUUCUGGAAAUAUACAAUUCAAAGCGCAUGUAAUCAAUUUAAUGUCGGCACUGAACUUGGCAGUCGUAAACCUCAACCAACCUGAAAUUGUCGCCGCACUGAUGGUCAAAAUCGGAGAUUCCCACAAGAAAAGACAAAUCAAAGAAAAGAAUUUCCAUGAUUUGAAAGAAGUCAUCGUGAAAAUGUUCAUAGAAGUGCUGAAAUUAGACAACUCAACUCUAGGCGCUUGGGCCAAAGCAGUGGAUUUCUGGUAUAAAAACAUUUUCAAUUCAUUAAACUCGACAGAGGUGAGGUAACAGCUGUACGCAAUUGUUAAACCUUUGUAACAAAUCUACCUACAGCUGACCAAAGUUGCAAUAAUAAUUCGUCGGUCUCCGAAGGCUUAUACAAUUUAAUUUUAUUAAUCAGUGUAAUGUUAUAUACAUUGAUUAAAUAAGCUUGCUUUUUGUUUAGUUAGCACGCUAUAAAGCUUUUAUCACGUUUAGGAUAUUUUCUUUAUGUUUAUUACGUACCUCAAUUGUCGUUUAUCCAAAAACUAUAAAAAAAGGAAAAUCGAUUUAAAAUUGCAUCAGUAAUAUUUAUCAAAUAAAAUAAAUUAGGUAUCCUUAACUAAAAAAAAUUUUAUUUACUUCGUCAAAUUUACUUAUUGGAUACCUACCAAAGAGAAUACGAACCAAUUAUAAAAAAUUCUAUAUUUUAAAUAUAUCUUAGUUAUAGUAAUAAUUAAUUAGUAUUUUAUAAAUACAUCAACACUGAUUCUAUGCACUUUACUAACUUCUAAAUCUGUUACUGACAUUAAAUAAAAUUACUUUAAAUAUAUGUUUACGUACUACCUAAAUGAGAUUAUUGUACAUUUAAUAUUGUAAGUCAGUUGUAUUAACCAUAUAUCUACCUACCGUAUAACUAUGUAUCCAUACAUCGAUUGAUUUAUGUUAUUUUGAUAUUCCGAUAUCAUUUACGUUUCAUGUAUAAAAUAUGUUAUAAUGUCAUAGGUAUUUGCGUCAAAUGUUUAUAUGAUUAUUUAUUGUUUAGCUAUUAUAAGGUUCAAUAAAUAAAUAAUUGUGAAUUAUAUAUACUUUCAUAUAUGUAAUCAAUAAAUUCUCGCAUAAGAUUUGCACAUAUAGCAGUCGAAUUCAUUGUCUUAUAUAUAAGUUUUUUUAUAUUAAUGACGUUUGUUACAUUUGAAACUCAGAAUUUUAUACUCAUCUUCACACAGGUAAAGAUAAGUAACAUUUUAUUAUACAGAAGUAAUUUAUAAAUGUUGUCAGCAGAAUGUAUAUAUAUCUACAUAUAUAAUAAAAGAAUAUUCAUUGUACCUAAUUAAUGUAAUGCGAGUAUCUCUUCCAUUUUGUAGUGACUUAUGUAAAUAUUAUCUAGGUACUUACUUACAGAAUGUAAAUGA